UUAUUGAUAUCGCUUUAAUAGCCAAUUUCGGGAUUAGCAUGCACUCGAAAUUCCAAAAAAUCAUAUAAAAGGAGAUGCUUUUGUCAGUCAAAAUCACAGCUCCUCUGUACUUCAAUACAUUCAAUUACCAACAUCGAUCAAACGAUUAUCAUGAACGUAUUGCUGAAAAUUGCCGCUGCCUGCCUGAUUGUGCAGGUGGCUUUUGCUGCUGAAAGCCCUCUAUCUGACCCUCGUUGCGAUGAAGUCUGCCCUGAAACCUUCCCCAUUGAGGAUAAUAUCCUUUUGCCUUAUCCAGGCGAUUGUUCAAAAUUCUGUCAAUGUGCAAAUAAUGGAAACAUGCGCAUGGAUUGCCCACCUGGUCUUUAUUUCAACCCCUUGUUGGAUGUUUGCGACCAUCCCUACAAUGUUCCUGAUUGCGAUGACUCUUCUGAACCAUCUAAACCAACUGAUCCAUCGGAACCAACUGACCCAACAGAUCCAUCUAAACCAACUGAACCAACUGACCCAUCUGAACCAACUGACCCAACAAUUCCCUCCGGUUGUGAAGGUACCACUUGCGGUAAGGAUGAAUGCUUCGACUUCGCCAACAAGAACGAAUGUCAAGGUUAUUGCAAUUGCAAUAAUGGUGUAAUCACCUCCAAGUGGUGCGCCGAUGGCUUGGAAUUCAACCCAAUCACUGAACUCUGCGACUUGCCCGAAAACGUCAACUGUAACAAUGGUUGCUCACAUGUGGACUGUGGAGAACAUGAAUGUUUCAAGGUACCCAACACCCUUGACUGUGAAGCCUUCUGCGACUGUGACCACGGCAACCUGACCGUUGGACACUGCUCUCCGGGUCUCCACUUCAACCCUGAGACCCAGACAUGCGACUGGCCCGAAAACGCGCAUUGCGAAGUUACUCCUACUCCCUCUGUCUCUCCCAGCACACCAGAAGCUACCACUACUUCAACUGAAGCUCCUACUACACCAAGUGAAGCCCCUACUACACCAAGUGAAACUCCUAGCCCCAGCCCUACACCAAGUGAAACGCCCACUCCUAAACCCACUACAACAACUAAGAAACCAAGCAACUGCGAUGAUCUUUGCCCUCAUGUCUUCCCCAUUGAAGAGAACAACCACAUCUUCCCUGGAGAUUGUACCAAAUUCUGUCACUGCGCCAAUGAUGGAAACCAUCUUAAAGACUGCCCACCUGGUCUUCACUUCAACCAGGAGUUGGAAGUCUGCGAUUGGCCCUAUGCUGCCAACUGCGUUGAGACCGAGAAGUCGAUAGUUUGCAGCAUUCAUUCUGUAGUAAGUGUUCUUCAAGUUUUUACUUCAAAAAUCAUCAUGAAAGUUUUCAUGCAAAUUGCUGUUGUUUGCGUGCUCAUGCAGCUGGCAUUUGCUGCCAAAGGACCAGUGGCUGAACCAGUGUGCGACGAGGUAUGUCCCGACACAUUCCCGAUUGAAGAUAACCUGCACCUGCCCUACACUGGCGAUUGUAGCAAAUUCUGCCACUGUGCCAAUGAUGGUAACUGGAUGAAGGUGUGCCCUGGUCGCCUGCACUUCAACCCUAAACUGCAGGUGUGCGACUGGCCGCAUGACGCAGGUUGCGAGGCAACUUCAGAAGAACCCUCUUCCCCUGAACCCACCCAGAAACCUACGGCUACCCCAACUGAUGCUCCCAGUGAUAAUCCCUGUGAUGAAGCAUGCCCUAAUGUUUUCCCUAUCACCCACAAUAAUCACCUGCCUUACCCUGGCGACUGUUCCAAAUUCUGCCACUGUGCCAACGAUGGUAACCACAUUAAAGAAUGCCCAGAUAAUCUUCACUUCAACCCUGUUCUUGAAGUAUGCGAUUGGCCACAUUCUGCUGGUUGUGACGCAAGUCAAUCAACCAGCAGUGUCCCACCUACUUCUGCACCUCCUGUAGGAUGUGACCAUGUCACCUGUGGUAUUCACGACUGCUUCCAAGCUCCGAGCACCACCGACUGCCAGGCUUAUUGUGAUUGUGACCACGGUGAAAUUAUCGGUAAAGAAUGUUCCGAGGGUUUACACUUCAACCCGGUCACAGAAGAUUGCGACUUCCCCACCAAUGCUAACUGUGAACUCCCCAUUCCGCCCAAUGGUUGUGAACACGUCAAGUGUGAAGCCCAUGACUGUUUCAAGACCGAGAACACCAUUGACUGCAACCUGUACUGCGACUGCGACCAUGGUAACCUGACCAUUGUAAACUGCUCUGCUGGGCUACACUUCAACCCAGAGAGCAAAGCGUGUGACUUCCCCUGGAACGCCAAGUGUGAAGUGGUUGAACCUAACCCUGGUACUGACCCCACCCCACCUUCUGCUCCGUCCCAGCUUUGUGAUAGCAUCUGCCCCGAUGUUUGGCCCGUAGUGGAGAACAACCACCUCUUCCCAGGAGAUUGUACCAAGUUCUGUCAUUGCGCUAAUGAUGGAAACUGGUUGAAGGAUUGCCCAGAAGGUCUUCACUUCAACGCUGAACUGCAAGUGUGUGAUUGGCCACACAGUGCAGGUUGUCAGGCGUAAAUUUUGAAAAUUACAUGUGCAUAUUGUUUAAAAUGAUAAAAUAAAAUUUAAAAAUA